GAAUUGAGUGUUCUGAUUCGUUAGUGAUAGCUAACCUCGGGCGGGUCCAGAAAGGCAGUAUUGUAGUUUGCUGCAUUUGAAGGUUAAAUGGCUCAAAAUCUCUUCCGGUAUGUCUCCAGCAAAGAGUUCAGAAGCUAUUUAUGCAGGUAACACUUCUGGGGACCCAUUGCCAACUGGGGUCUGCCCCUUGCAGCCCUGGCUGAUAUGAGCAAGAAUCCGGAGAAAAUCAGUGGAAAAAUGACCACAGCCUUAUUCUUCUAUUCCUGUGCGUUCAUGAGGUUUGCCAUCAAAGUUCAGCCACGCAACUUGCUCCUCUUUUCUUGCCACUUCACGAAUGCGUCUGCCCAGUUAAUGCAAUUAGGACGAUUUGUCAACUAUCAUCACAUGAUGGAUGACGCUGCUCGCGAUGCCUGUCUGAAGGAGUAUGAGGAGGUUCAUCAGAAGGACGUGCAUAUACACGUUCCUACCGAGCUGCCCGGGGUGGAGGGGGAGGCCAACGUACACCACGGCGGACAGCUAGGGACAAUUGAGCACAAGAUUGAGGCUGUACUUGAAAAGAAGAAGUGAAAAGUAGACAGAUGAUAAAUUGUUUCAAUGCUGUAAAUCAGUUAAAUUUAUAUAAAUGUAUAAUUAAAGUAUAAACAGAAAACACUGGUGGUGUUGAGACAAUUAAAGGUUAUAUUUGUGAAAAAAUGUUCAUUUUCUGUAAAAUUAUUAGCUCCCCUGAGCACAAGGCGCUCAUGGUAAGCUAUCGUGGUCAAUCAAUGUCUGUUGUCUUCUGUUGAGCAUCAUCUAGUUCUAGCUUGUUAUCACUCUAGAUGCAACAGUUUUUCAUCCAAUCUUGAAGAAACUUUGUAAGGGUUUUUAUCUUGACAAUAUCUGGGCCAAGUUCGAAUGAUUGUCGUGUGUCCAAAAAUUAGGUCACCAGAUUUAAUCUUAGAUAAACCUUGUAACCACUCUUUUAUUCGUAAUUGUGAUGAAACUUGGUCAGAAAAAGUUAUCUUGACCAUAUCUAGGUGGAGUUUUAAUCUAGGUCAAGGCUGUCCAAAAACUUUAUCACUAGGGAAAACCUUGUUUAAACUAAUUUCUUAAAACAUUCCUCAGGUGAGCAAUCUAUAUGUUGUUUUACUGCUGUAAAUCUCUUAAGGUUGAAUUGUUGCAUUUGUAAAUGUGUCAUUUAUUUCUGUAAUCAGGAAAAAAAGCUGUUAAAUAGAGACACUGUUAGGUUGAAAUCAUUCGAAAAUGCCCAUUUGUUGUAAUAUCAUUUUAUUGUAUGAAGGUUCAUAUAGCUAAUAUAUAUGCAAACAAUUGUAAAAGUAGUUUACAUUCAAGGUUAUAAUUAUGAGCUUUGUUUAACUUUGUAAAAUCCAUUUUAUGUCAUUCUGUAUUUUGCUGUCUUGAAAAUGGUGCAUAGUAUUAAUUUUAGUUUCCUGAAGUGUGUGUAUAAUUAUACUAGCAUGGUCAAAGUUAUCUAAGGAGAGUGUGGGAUAUCAUGAGAACUACAAAUAAUUGUGUGUAAUUCUUGGUAGAAAAGUCUUCCCAUAAGGUGCAAAUAUAGACUCGAAAAAUUAAAGUGAUGUUACAGUAUUUUGUGAUUUUUUCUGACACUGACUGCUUUUGAAUGAGUUUAUCUGUUAUUAAGUGGUGUAGUUUUGAAUCAAUAGAUAUUGUAACCAAAUAAUCAAGUUAGCAGCUGUAUACUGUAUACCUGUUUAAAGUCUUCCUAUAAAGUUUGCAACAUGUAUGUUACAUUAUGUGUUUUGAAGAAACCAAAUUAAUAAUAAUCAGUUCAUUAAAUUGCAAAAAAGAACCGAGUGCAAAAUACAAAAUUAAUGUCUAUUUCACAUAUCAUGAAAUACUUGUACUGUCAAAUUAUUAUAUUUAGUUGUUAUUAAUUUUUUCUAGAUAUAUAAAAUGGCAUUCAUUAAAAAAAAUGCCAAUUUUGGAUGCUUGUAUUCUAUCAUUGCCUUUUAAAAUAGUUUGCAAGACUUGAUGAGUGUUUAUAUUGAAUUAAAGAGAAUAGACAUAAUAUAUGUUGUUAUUUACUCCAUUCAGCUCAAUUAUAUUUUUACUUUGGCAAUGAAACAUGCAUUACGUGUUGGUAAGUUUUAAAUUUUAAUGCCGUUGUAUUUAUACAUGAUUAAAGUAUGCAAUUACCCGUAAUGCUAGAUAUUUGUUAGGAAGUAAUUAAAAUAAAGGUUAAAUAUUUCAUGCGUUACUUGUAAACAUAUACGAAUAUAAGAGAAUAAGCUAUGUUUAUUUCAUGACAAUAUUGUAAUAAAGCUAAUGGUUUUCAAGGAGUAUCUUAGUAAAAAUAAAUAUUUAUACGGACCGAUGAAUGAAUGAAUGUUUGCUGUAGUGUAUAGGAAAUCAGGGUACAUUGACAAUUUAUAGUUUUUUAGUGGCAUGUGUAGAUACACUAUACUCAAAUCAAUUGUAAGUGAACUUUAAAUCAUCCUGGCAUUGAGUAUUUCACAGAUGGUAUCAGAAUGUUCAAGUUGGACUGAUUGAAUUCUAUCAUGCAAGUGUUUAGAGCGAUCAUGUGUAUGGAAGAAUGUUCAUAUGUUGGCAUAACAUGUAUUGUUCAAGCUUACUUGAGGUAUGCAUAUCAUGUAUUGUGUUCCCCUUGUUUGUAAAACUAAGCAAGUAAAGUGCCAUCAACCUAACCAUACAAUAUGUUACCGUUCAAAUUGUAUUGGCCUACAUAAGCGCAUUUGUACAGAGGAGUUUUCUUAACUGCAUAGACGUUUCAAAAGGUUUGCUCAUUUUUUGUAGAAUUUUAUAUAUAUUUUAAGCGUACAUGUAUUCCUUUUGUAAAAAGAUUAUUUUUUUGGUCUGUUUCAUUGAUAUUUAACAUGUUACAAUUUUAAAGUCACUUUCUAUGUCUUCAAAAUAUGGAAUUAGCAAAUUCGUGAUAAAUGCUAAUCAUCAGGGUCUAAUUGCCAAAAUAAAUGGCUAUGGUAUUUUGCAUUUGAACAAUUUGAGUCUUCUACCUCCUUAUUAUGCAAUAUUCUAUCACUGAUAGAAUACAGAAUUCUCAGCUAUCUGUUACACUCCAUGGUUAAUCUUUUUCUUGAUGUUUGUACCCUCUAUUCUGCCAUCUAAAUGUACCCAGUUAUUCCAUUAUAAGAUUUUUGAAAUUCACAUUUAUUUGCUGAGUUUUCAUUGAACAAAUGUUAUAGUCUCUGGCAAAGGUUUUCCUUCAUUUUUUUAAUGCUUUAUGUAAACAAAUUAAAUGGACAAAUCAUGUACGGUAUGUUUACACUGUAAAUAAAACAGAAGUGAGUAUGUAUAUGUUUUAGAAAAUUAAAUAUGUAUACAUAGUUAUUAAAUGGCUUUUAUUAAGAAUUGUGAACUAUUUAUUAUUGCAAGUUUUUUAUCAAAAAAUCCUUCAAGUUUAUUACAAAAAAACUGUUUUGAUGAUUUGUUGUUUAUUGAUGUUUAACUUACAAUAAAUCUAGGAGUUUGUGUGAA